AUGGGUAAAUCCCGGCCAUUGACUCCUCUGCUCAAACUGAAAGACACAGAACGGUUCGUAUGGGGGGCAGAACAUCAAGCGGCCCUCGACGACAUCAAGCAAUAUUUAUCUCAACCACCGGUCCUUGUGCCGUCGAAAAGAGGGAAACCCUUGAGGCUUUACAUUUCGGCUUCAAAAGGCUCUAUCGGUUGUCUGCUGGCCUAG